ACUUUCAGUUUUUUCGACCAGGAGGAAAAAUCACCUUCCUUGUUUGGCUCAGAUUCUCUCAAUAAGAACUUGAAUUUAUUUCGAAACUUUUUUCACAUAUAUCUGGCUAAUGAGAGAAAAAAAUGGGAGUUACUUUCAAUACUUUUCCUCUUCUCUCAAAGCUUGGACCAAAAAAUCCUAUGCGAUUCUAGGACUAGUGGACAAGAUAGAUAAUUUCCGUCUGAUGAAGUUGAACACAUUUUGUGCACAUAAAGUGUAGUUUUUAAUCUAUUUUUGUGUUUUCUUUAGACUCCACCAGCUGAGCAUUUACUGAAUACAAGGAAUCAGAAUUCGAUUCGAUUAACUACAACGACAUUACUCUUUGUAUAUUUUGUUUUAUUUGUUGCAUCGAUUUACCUGGGUGCUGCAACGUAUUAUAAAGGUCAACAACAGGAGGUUGAUAGAAUUCUUGCCGAAUGUGUUCGUGAUUUUCCUGCUUUCCUAAAUGACACAACAAAUUGUGGUGAAUGUGUCAGUAAACAUUUAUUUUUAAAAAGCGUACCAAAAUUACUUGUUAAUGUACAUGUUAAAACUCGUGAAUUUGAAAUUUUUGUGAUCACUAUUAUUCUAGGUCUAUAUAUUGCAUCAUCUUGA